AUGGACGGACCUCGACAGGAGGCACUGCGCCGCUCCGCCGCCGCCCUCGCAGCGGUCGCCGUGCCGGCUCUAGCGGCUGCUUGUGGGCCCCGCGGCAUCGCCACCGCCGCCCGCCGCGGGCUGCCAGCCCUCACGGCGCUGCGGUCGCCCUCCCUGCUGGCCCGCAGCUCCCGCCACCCCUCACGCGCACCCGGAUGCGCAGCGUCGCGCGCUGAGAGGCCGCGCCGUGGCAUGGCGUCGACGACAUCGACCACGGCCGGGGGCGGGGGGCUCCCUGGGGGCCUCGUGGCCAUGGGCCUCGUGGGCGUGGGUCUCGCAGGGUGGUCGUUCCGGCAGGCCACGGGCGGCGAGGAGGGGGGGGGUUUUGCGUCUCUGUUCGGUAUGUCCGGCGACAAGAAAUACUCCCCCGAGGAGGUGGCGACGCACGACUGCGCGGAGAAGGGCAUCUGGGUGACGUACAAGGGCGAGGUCUACGACGUCACGGACUGGGUCAACCAGCACCCGGGCGGCGCGGGGGUGUUCGCCAAGGUCGCGGGCGGCUCGAUCGACGCGGACUGGGCGGCCCUGAAGUUCCACGAGGAGAAGGCGCUUCAUAUCUUGAAAGAGUACCGAAUCGGAUCUCUUACGUACGAUCCGGCGGCGCAGCAGCAGUUCGGCGACCCGUACGCGAACGAGCCCUCGCGCGCGCACAAGCGCGUCCGCGUGCUCCAGGAGGGCCCGUUCAACGCGGACCCCAGCCCGGCGGAGCUGGCAGCGCACGACGUGACGCCGGCGGAGCUGCUGUACGUGCGGAACCACUACCCGACGCCGGCGCUGGACAAGGAGAAGUACAAGGUGCAUCUGAACAUGCUCGGGCAGGCGAUGGCGUACUCGGUCGCGGACCUGCGGGCGAUGGGGGAGGCGUCGGUGACCACGGUCCAGGCGUGCUCGGGGAACCGCCGGAGCCAGGUGAAGUCGACGGGCGUCAACGGGCUGUCGUGGACGACCGCGGUGGGCAACGUGACGUACACGGGCACGCCUCUCAAGCCCCUGCUGCUCCGCAUUGCCAAGGAGCAAGGUCUCGACGAGUCGGACCUCGCGGAGCACCACGUGUACAUCACCGCGCACGACCGCGCCCCGAGCGGCACGCCCUUUGCCAACGCCAUCGCCUUCGACCGCCUCCCGCCGGACUCGCUCCUCGCGUGGUCGAUGAACGGCAAGGACCUCGACCCCGACCACGGCUACCCGCUGCGCGUCGUCAUGCCGGGCCUGUCCGGGCACUAUCAAGUCAAGUUCCCUGACAGCAUUGUCCUCAUCGAUAGGUCCAAAGUGACGGUGCCGCCGGACCUGCAAGCGGGCGUGGAGAGCGGGGCGCUGUCGGAGUCGCUCGCGGUCGACGUGGCGCUCGCGGACGAGUCCCGCGCGUAUUUGAAGUACGACCGCGAGGGGGCGCUGGUGGGGAUGGCCGAUGUGUUGCCGGUGCAGGCGCAGAUCCUGGCGGCGGAGGUCGGGGCGGACGGGGCGGUGACGCUGCGUGGGAUCGCGCACGGGCGGGCCGCGGGGCCAGUGCGGACCGUGGAGGUGUCGUGGGACGGCGGCGCGGCGUGGCACGCGGUGCGGCUGGGGGCCGACACGGGCGCGCGUGGGUGGCGGCGGUGGGAGGUGCAGGUGCCGGCGCGGGCGCUCGCGGGGCGCGAGGAGGUCGAGGUGUUGUGCCGGGCGACGGACGCGGAGGGCAACGCGACGCCGCGGGAGGCGCCGUGGAACAAGCGCGGCCUCGACGCCAACAGCUGGGACCGGUACGUGGUCCCGACGCACAGCUAG